UCGAGUUGUUGGUAGAGGGGAGAAAGUCGGUAGUAUCGUGCCGGCUGCGCAAGAGCAGCCUGCAAAAGGUAGCUUUUCCAAUAAUGAAGAACCCGUGGUAACUGUCAGUUCGCUCGUGGUACAUUUCGUUGAUUGUUGUGUGUUGCGCACACGCUCGGUGUGCCUGUGCGUGUGUGCGCGCCGUGUGUUGUUUUUAUACGGUGUUUUAGCAGGAAAGACAAGGGCCCGAAACUGACGUAAGAAUAAGGAAAAGAAAAUGUGAUUUGAGAAACACGAGGAAUUAACACGCUUUUCUUCUUUCUCCUGGUUCGCGUUUUCGACCGAAAGAGAAAGAGGAUUUAAUCCAAAAGGAAAACUUUCGUGGUAAACGAAACUACUCGGUUCGUCGCGAUAACAAGGAUACGCACGCCCGCACGCACGCACGCACGCACAGGAUGGACAGGUGGAGGAGGAUUAUUUGAAAAGACGAAGAAAUGAAGACAUUUCACGGGAAUCCUGACGAGAUUCGAAUGUUCUAACGAUUGAGACGGAAGAACGUCAGGAACGUGAAACAAAAUGGGCAAGUGUUGUAGCAAACGACAGGAGCCUCAACCGAUCGGGUACACGAAAGCAGAAACGGGAUUGAGCUCGAAACACAGCAAUGGUGGUUCCUUGGACCGAUACACAGCCGAUCCAAACCAGAGAGGCGUACAAGCCAGGGCGGAUAUUAUCCGUCCGAGGCCAACACCUUGUAAGCUACAGAUACAGCAUCAUCCACGUAAAACAAGCUCGCCUGUCGUUACGCCUGCAUCUCACUCCCAACGAGCAAACAAAAUCGUCGUGGCUCUGUACAAUUAUACGGCUCGCGAGAGCACCGACGUGAGCUUCGUCAAGGGCGACAGAAUGGAAGUUUUGGAUGAUUCCGAGCCGGACUGGUGGAAGGUUUUACACCUGACGACCCUGCAGGAAGGUCUAAUACCGUGGAAUUUCGUAGCGGUCGAACGUUCCGUCGAAAGCGAAGAUUGGUUCUUCGAGAACGUCUCGCGCAAGGAAGCAGGAAAGUUAUUGCUAGUCGAUGAAAAUCCACGCGGCACAUUUUUGGUAAGACCAAGCGAGCACAAUCCAAGGGGUUACAGUCUGUCGGUAAAGGAUUGGGAAGAGGGCAGGGGUCAUCACGUGAAACACUAUAAGAUCAAACCUUUAGACAAUGGCGGCUUCUUUAUCGCCACGAAUCAGACAUUCCCAACCUUGCCAGCUCUCGUUAUGGCGUACAGCAAAAACGCGUUAGGCCUCUGUCACGUUUUAUCGAAGCCCUGUCCGAAGCCCCAGCCGGACAUGUGGGAUCUCGGGCCAGAAUUGCGUGACAAAUGGGAGAUCAACAGGAACGAGAUACAGCUGAUUAGAAAAUUGGGACACGGUAACUUUGGUGAGGUUUAUUACGGCAAAUGGCGGAACAAAAUCGAAGUGGCGGUGAAGACGCUUCGUCCGGGUACCAUGUCGACUGAGGCAUUCCUUCAAGAAGCCGCGAUAAUGAAACAAUUUCGACACCGGCAUUUGGUCGCCUUAUAUGCGGUCUGCUCGAAAGAGGAACCAAUUUACAUCGUCCAAGAGUACAUGUGUAACGGGAGCCUUUUGGACUUUUUACGUACCGGUGACGGCAAGUAUAUGCAAUUCGAGGACUUGAUUUAUAUCGCUGCCCAGGUUGCCUCCGGUAUGGAACACCUCGAGAGCAAACAGUUGAUACACAGAGAUUUAGCUGCUAGGAACGUUCUCAUAGGCGAGAAGAAUAAGGCGAAGAUUUGCGACUUUGGCCUCGCUAGAGUGAUCGAGGACGACGAAUACUGUCCUAAACAGGGAAGUAGAUUCCCGGUUAAGUGGACCGCUCCCGAAGCCAUCGUUUACGGAAGGUUCAGCAUCAAGAGCGACGUUUGGUCCUAUGGUAUUUUACUAAUGGAGUUAUUCACUUACGGACAAGUUCCUUAUCCCGGUAUGCACGGCCGAGAAGUGAUCGAGCAAGUCGACAAAGGUUACCGUAUGCCCAAACCACUGAACCAUCCGCUGCCGGACAGUAUAUAUCGAUUAAUGUUACAGUGCUGGGACGCCAGUCCCGAGAAACGGCCCACCUUUGAGUUCCUUAAUCAUUAUUUCGAGUCGUUUAACGUCACUAGUGAAAUACCUUAUCUCGAGCCACCGACGGACUGAUACACAGCCCACAUGCAGAGUCACAUGGUGCCGCAUGGUCAUUUUCAUCCAGCGCACAUCAACUGUGCCAUGGAAUUUUACGGUAUUUAUUGCUAAAGAAUGAAACGCAAAAACGGCGAUAACCAAGUGGGAUCGUUAUUGUUGACGAUGACGUCAGAGAAUUGAGAAAAACCAUUAAUCGAAAUCCGUUACUGACGAAGAAAACCAAUGAAAAAAUAGUAAGGACAAAUGUGCGACUUGUUUCUUGACGCAAUAGGGAUGAAUUAUGGCGAUUUUAUAAACACGCGCGACUAUUCUUUACGAUAGAAAUACUCUCUCUCGAUGACGGAAAACCUUGUGUGCCAUGAACUUUAUCAAUCUUAUAGGUAUUAUUUAUCAGGUUAACGCGAAAGGCAAGAACUUUUCCGAUAUUCUUCUGACCAAUCGUGAAUAACUGCCGAAAAAUCUUUCGACGUCUUACGUAGGAGGAUAAUGAAGGAAAAAAGUAAAAUGAAAAAAAAAAAAAAAAAAAAAAAAAAAAAAAGAAAAAGAAAAAAAAGAAGAUAUAAAGAAGGAAACGAUUAUCUAAAAAGUACCAAAUUCAAUUAAGCUUCGUGACCAAUUGUGAAUAACUGCCGGAUUUUUGAAUCUCAUGUGUUAUCCCGACUGAAAUGAAAGAAAGAUAUAAAAUUUGUCUAGUGCGUGUGCGUGUGCGUGUGCGUGUGCGUGCGCGCGUGUGUGUGUAUGUGUGUGCGUGGCGUACGCGCGCGCAUUUGUAUGUAUGUGUGUGUGUUAUAUAUAUAUAUAUAUAUAAUACACACACACACACAUCUUAUAUAAAAUCCUGAAUGAAUCGUUGGUUACACGUUUUCACAAUUUUGAGAAAUAUUAAGUGAACGAUGUUUGAUCGAAAUAUUACUAUUAAUUAAGGUGUGUAGAGCAGUAGCGUUGAUACGAAUUGAAAGGUAGUAUAGAUAGUAUUUAAAAGUCAUAGAUGAUAUAAUCAUAUUUUAGACCGUUAGAUUAUUGUCGAUUACGAAGGGACAAAGAGAGAGAUAACGAUACGUAAUAAUUUUUGUCAUUGAUCUCCGAUCAUAGUCAAGUUUUCCUAAUGAAAAAAUAUCUUUCGACGACACCUUCGAAAAUUAUCGUACGAAUUAAAUAUUCAUCAAUCGUUAUAUCGAAUAUCGUCGAAAAUGCACAAAUUAAUGUGUGAAAUGAAACUAGUGACAAAGAGAUUUCGCGACUAGGGUAUAUGACUGUAUAUUUACAUGGUAAACGUCAUACUUGACUUGAUUCUUUUUUGUUUCCUUUAAGAAAACGCAUAUUAGUUUGUUUCUAUCAAGGGUAUAAGUAUUUAAUCCAGUAUUCGUACGAUUAUUUUUAGCUGUGAUUUUUCCCUAAGUCACGAAAAAUACCAGAAAAAUGGGAGACCAGACGUGGUCUGCGAUUAAUCUAUUUUCUUUGCGUUUAACAAAUUAUGGAUUAGAACUACAAUAGCUGUCGCUAAAACAAGUUAUGUACGUGCAAGAUUUUUCCUUUAGAUUGCACAACAUUACGACGCGUGAGAUUAGUGUUUUCGUAGUUAAUACGAGAUGAACGAGAGUGAGUGAGUGAGGAAGAAAUGAAAAAAGUUACUAAUAUUGGUUAUAAGCCAGAGUAUGCGCGCGCGUGUGUGUACCGUAAAAAAGAAACUUUAUAUUAUCUCCUUGCGUACGCGUGCGUGCGUGGCUGGGGGGGUGUGUGUGUGUGUGUGUGUGCGUGCGUGCGUGCGUGCGUGCGUGCGUGCGUGCGUGCGUUAAAGGCGAUCUAGUAAAAAAUGGUACGCAAGAUAUAAUAAGCCAUCGAUGUUAUUCGUACAAAAUGUCUGAAUGAAAGAGAAAGAAAAAGAGAGGAGAAUUGUAAAUUUUUUACUAAAGAUAUAUACAAAUGACAGGUUAAAAUUAGAACGUAGAUGAAAAAAGGUAGAAACGUUAAAAAAUAAUUAAACGCGAUAGUUAUUCGAAUCUCCUCCGAAAAAAUCGAUACGUCAUUUAAUCUACGUAUCCACACGUUUUCCUUUUUAGAGAGGGAGAGGGUGUCCGAUAUUUCGUCUAUUUCAUCGUCGUCCCAUGCGAAAUCGUAUCGUUAGGAUUAAGUCUAUGGAUAUAAAUCAUUAGUUUAUCGAAAUUUCAUUGUGAAAGAGAGAGAGAGAGAGAGAGAGAGAGAGAGAGAGAGAGAGAGAGAAAAUAAUUGUGUUACGCGUGUCCUAACUAAAUAUUUUUCACGAGCAUUUUACUGCGAAUUAGUCGAUUGGCGCGACAUUAAGGAAAAUUAAAGAAAAAGUAAAAAAAAAAAAGAAAAAAAAAGAAAAAAAAAAUACACGAGAACGUGAGAAAGGAAUGAAAGAUAUAAGCGGUGAUAUGCGCGUUAAAAAUGUCACGUUUUGUAGCUUUAGAUAGCUAUUACCACGUCCAGUACAUUUUUCUAUGAGCGUUUUAUACUGAUCAAAAUGUUGUUGUUUUUUCGUGAGGUUUAGAAAAAGAAAGAAGGAUGAUCAUUUGAAAGUUUUGCCGACGAUCGAAAGUGUCGCCGUAGUAGUUUGUAGAAUACAUAGUCGUCUUAUGCAAGUUCGAUUCCAUAUAAUAAUGGAUUUAAGAAGAAAAAGAGAAAGAUAUACAGAUUGCAAAAAAAAGAAUGAUUUCAUUGAUAUACCGAGCGCAUCGGUAGUAAAUCAGAGAGACUUUUUUUUCCCCACAAUCUAUUUUAACUUUUCUUUUUUCUUCUAACUUUAGACUCUUGCAAAAGCAUCACGUGAUCGACGUACUCGUUUCUUCGUCGAAGAGGAUAAAUCAUUUUUAAGAACAAACGAUUCGCCAACGCUCCAACUGCCAUUCUAUAAUUAAAAGAAUCAAACGUUACGGCGGCAAUUCAGAAAGGCAUUCUCAUUCGUUCUAUCGUGUACCUAACGAAACAAAAUAUGAUGAGCGAGCCCCCUGUGGCUCAUAUCGGUAUAUAUCGUGAUACUAUCUCGAUUCGACAAAUUUCUAUCUCUAUGAUUAUUAACACGCGUAUCUCGCCGUUGCCCCGUUCAAAUGAAAUCUUGAUAAAUCUGUGAUAUAGCAGCAGACCUCACGUUUUGAUACAGAGUUUGAACAUUGCACGGGAUUACCGCGACAUUACACGUACUAAUGUUGUGUAUAUAGUAACAAGUUUAACGGUUGGUUAUUCGUCGCGAAUUACAUGCACUUUUGAACAACAACAGCAACAACAGGAGCAGCAGCAGCAGCAGCAGCAGCAGCAGCAGCAGCAACAACAAAAUGGUCGUCACGUGGUGCACGAGCAGAGGAUAGAAGAAAUAUUUUUUCAUUAUAUUCGAUCGUUUUAACAUAACCGGCGCCACGUAAAUACGAUUCACCGCUAUCCUUUGAGAUAAAAGAAUCUGUAUAUGUAUAACGUCAUCAUUUUUUAUGUACCAAAGCUUAUUAUCAUUAAGUAAUUUAAUGAUUACUUUGUAUUAUUGGAUUAAUUACCUUAAGCCUAUACAGAUAAAUAUAUUAUGUACCAUAUUA